AUGAGUGAACAAAGAGAUGUGGCUGCAGCCGAAAAUGCAUACGACGAACAUUCAAAAACAGGGCAAGAGGCGCCCAAUGAUGAAGAGAAUAUUCCGGAUGCUCCAUCAACAGCAGCAAUAAAAGUAACUGAAACGCAACUCGAUCCGGAAAGAUUGCUAAGCGCGUUUGGAAAAUAUGGCAAGUAUCAGAUGCGUUCAUAUUUGCUUAUCACAGCACCGGGCUUACUCUUCUCCUCUCAGAUGCUAAUCAUGGGAUUCAUCGCACAGGCACCGCCAUUCGAGUGUCUUCUGAAUAUCACGAACCUCACUGCUCGUUCUGUAAGUUUGAUUAUUUUCGAAACUUUGAAUUACCACACAAUGAUAGUGUUAUGCCUUUUUGAAUAA